AUGGAUUUUCUUAUUUAUUCAUCAUCUAUUCAAAAUGUAUAACAAUCUAACCAAUCCAUAAGAAUCUAAACAAUAAGAACUAAUUAGAGAUCUAACAGUUUGAAUUUUAGAAAUAUAAAUGUUAUCAUUAAAGAAUUGAAUAAAACUCACACAAGAAGAAAAAGCUGUUAUUGCACUGAAUGUGGAUGCUUAGGAAGAUUCUAAUUCGAGAAUAUGAAUACAAGAUUGUUAUUUGAAAACAAAUAAAAAAGAGAAAUUGUAAAUACAAAAAGUGCUUUAACAUUAACGCUACCAAGUAUAAACUUACUCCUAUAUCUAAAGAAUAAGAGAUCUUCUUUUAAAGAAAGAGAACAGUUAAAAAAACAGAUAAAAAAACAACGAUUAUUGAUAGUAACACUACUGGUGAUAAAAUCGAUGAAUAAAAGACAUAAUAUUUCAAUUUCAAUAUGCAAUCAAGAUCUUCAAUUCUAUCUAAUAUCAUUGGAAAAAGAGAGUUAUAGAUUAAAUAAAUAAAUAAAAUCAAUAGACCAUAGUGUUUAAUUAGAUUGGAAUAGAAAAUGAAAUGUCUUAUUCCAAUUACAUAGAAACAUAUUGAAUUAUCUUUCCCUGUUUAAUAUUGUUGUAGUCGAAUCAAAACUGAAAAUUAAAGUUAUCAUCAUCAACUUUAAAGUCCAAUAAAUAGAACAACCACUAAAUCUAAUUAUAAGAAUUCGCCUUAUUAUUAUACUUAUAGAUAAACAUUAACACCAAAAGUUAAAUUUAGAAAUGAAUAGAAAAAAAGGAAAUCAUCUAUUCAUUAAUGA